AUGACAACUGGUAGUGGCGAUCUGUUUGCCGCCACGCCGGGUUUCCGAUUCUACCCCACGGAGGACGAGCUUCUGGGCUUCUAUCUCCGUCACCACCUCGCCGGCACCACCGGGCCGAACGUCCACCGCGUUAUCCCCGUCGUCGACGUCUACAGCCACCACCCUUCCCACCUCCCAACUAUGGCGGGGGAGGCGAAUGUGCGCGACGCCGAGCAGUGGUUCUUCUUCUGCCCGCGCGCGGAGAGAGAGAUGCGCGGCGGCCGGCCGGCGCGCACCACGCCGUCGGGUUACUGGAAGGCCACGGGCUCUCCGUCCUACGUCUUCUCCUCCUCUUGUUCGGCAAGCAGCAAGGUCAUCGGGGUCAAGAGGACCAUGGUCUUCUACCAAGGCCGAGCACCCGCGGGCUCCAAGACCACGUGGAAGAUGAACGAGUACAAGGCCGUCGCCGACGACGAAGAAGACGACCGCAACGCGACGGCCGGACACCAGACAGCGGCACCUCUCAGGCUGAGGAACGAAUUCAGCGUCUGCCGGGUGUACAUCAGCACGGGGACGCUGAGAUCCUUCGAUCGCCGGCCCCUCAAUACCCCCGGCAAUGGUCAAACGGCGGCCCGGCAGCAUGCACCGUCGGUGGCGACCGCCAAUCUCGCCAACGACCGCGUCACUGCAAAUACCGGACAAGCCAAUAAUACUCAGGAAUGGAGAUUGCUGAGUGCCACUGCUGUUGACAAUUUCAGCUUCGACAUGGAUUUCAAUCAACUCCAGUACUAUUGACUUGUUGAGCAAGAGAGUAUGACUAGACAUUUGAUGAGAAACAAAAAAAUUCAGAGGGGAAAGCUUAUAGCAUGUGGCCUACACAA